AUGAUUUGGAGUUGUGAUGAUUGGCUUUCUUUCUUUUACGGCCGGUUGCCACCUGACGCCAAGACUGUCACUCACUGCGGAGUGUGUGUGAGCGCCGCCGUUGGCCCCGAAGGGUUCUUCCGCCACCAUCUCUUCUGUAAGCCCCAGCCCAGACUCACAGCACUGCUGCAGCCUCUGCUCCGAGGAUGUCGAAGAAGCCCGCAGCAGGGGUUUUAUAUCGCAGUGUCCUUCUGCGGCCUUUUGACAUUGCAGUUGAAUAUUCAAGCAGCAGGAGCUACAGCAGACAUCUCCGCGCUGGCCGGCUUCGAGGUGCUGCUGGACGGCGCGCCGCUGCAGCUGCUGUUCACGCACAAGGUACAACUAGCGUCUAGUGCAGUUGCAGCAGGAGCUACAGCAGACAUCUCCGCGCUGGCCGGCUUCGAGGUGCUGCUGGACGGCGCGCCGCUGCAGCUGCUGUUCACGCACAAGUUCCUCGUGGUGGCUGAUCCAGAAACGGAGAAAAUAGUCGAAAUGAUUGACUUCAGGUUCUGCACAGUUGGCCCGUACCAGGGACCUAUUAUUGAGCUUUGCGUGACACAGAGACGGGUGUCCAAAAUGACGGAGUCACGGGUGGACGAAGAUGAUGAAUAUCAGCUGAGCGCGGCGGCCAUGGCGCGCGUGGCUCGCUACACGGGCGCGGAAGCGGGCACGGGCGGCGGAAGCGGCGCCGGCGCCGGCGAGGCUCGCGUGCUAUCGCUGCUACCGCCGCCCGGCCGCUCGCUGGCGCUGCACGCGGCGCUGCUGGCCGCCUGCCGCCACAACAGCGGCCACCACUUCCCGCUGUUAUGAGACCCGCUGCGGCUCGAGCUGCGCUACUACGUGCACUCGCGCCGCUACUGCCCCACCUGCGAGCUCGUCGACGCGCCGCACACGCUGCGGGAACAGCUCUGUCCGCUGCUCAAGAUCAAGACGGACGCGCCCGCACACUAGCGACACAAUACUACAACUUCACACUAGCGCCACAAUACUACAACUUCACACUAGCGCCACAAUACUACAACUUAACACUAGCGCCAUAAUACUACAACUUCACACUAGCGCCACACAAUAUCACAACUUCACACUAGCGCCACACAAUAUCCCAACUUCACACUAGCGCCACACAAUAUCCCAACUUCACACUAGCGCCACACAAUAUCCCAACUUCACACUAGCGCCACACAAUAUCCCAACUUCACACUAGCGCCACACAAUAUCCCAACUUCACACUAGCGCCACACAAUAUCCCAACUUCACACUAGCGCCAACACAAUACUACAACUUCACACUAGCGCCAAAAAUA